CGAGAGUUUGCUUGCUUGCUAGUGUCUUUACCGCCGCUAGCUCGCUCCGCCGCCUUGUUUUUGAAAGCGAGGCAGCAGCGUAGGGGCCGCAUACGUGCGUGCGGAGGUAGCCCAGAACUGUGACAGUGCCGAGCAAGCGAAUCUUGCGGCCAGGCUGCACGCCGUCGCCGCGCAGCCUUCACAGAGCAACUUUCAAAUCAAACUCAGCCGGAGCGGCGACCGCGCGCCGCUGCAUAAACCAUGCCCCAAAUCAACGACCCCAACGCCCAGGAGGCCUUAGCGGUCCUUCGAACCUACGUCGAGCAGUGCGGCGGCGAGGGCAGCGCCAUCGACGGCUGGACGACCGAGCUCUACAGCCGGUCCAUAGGCAACUCCGCCGGCACCACGGACCGGUACUUUUUUGAUGCGAGUGGAAAGAAGUUUAGGUCCAGGGCGGAGAUCGCGAGAGCUCUUGGCCUGUCCGGCGCGCCAGCUAUACGAGUCAAGGGCGACGGGACCACGUCGACAGGAGUUCUGAGACCAGGAGAAGCCCCGGCGACCUUCAAGUACGAGUGGGGCGAUCAGACAGAAAGGACCUUCGAAGAAAGCGCCAACGCGUUCAGGGUCGAGGGCGACUUCCGGGAGUUCGAUGGCAGGGACGCGAUGGGCGCGGAGGUGUCGCUCAUGUACCGGAGACAACCCAAAAGAUGGAGGGACGUGCUGGAGAAUCAGUAUGUGUGGCCCGCGAAACGGGAACCGCAAACUCAGUCGUCGGAGUGGCCGCGGUGCAAUUGCGUCUACGACCCAAACGACCCGGAGGGCGGGUGUGCGGGCACGGACUGCGUCAAUCGCGAGUUGUACGUCGAGUGUCCGCUAGAUUGCUGCAUGGGCGGCGCGCCGGACCCGGCUUGCACGUCCACCACGGAAGUAGUUGUGGAGAAGUUCGACAAGGUAAGGGAUAGGAAAGGUCUGGAAGCCAAAAUGGCCAGUGAUGGGUGGACGACGGAGGAGAAGCAGCGCGACGGUUCGACGCAUGUGGAUCGGUACUUCAUCUCUCCCGACCAAUCGAGGUUCAGGUCCAUCAUCGAAAUCGCGCGGUCGCGAUAUCCUGAGUUUCUGCUGGAUGCCGAAGAACCUUUAGGUGUGGGUUCCUUCGUGACCGUGACUCCCGAUACGUCUCCAGGCAACAAUAGGCAGGGCGGCGGCGGCACGAUCAUGGCUAUGCAUGACGACGGCACUUUUGACAUAAAACCGGGCGUCGGAGGGGGCCUGUGGCGGCGCGUGACGAAGGAAGAUAUCUCAAGGGAGUCGUCCCAACGGCGAUCUCGACGGUCGGAGCAGCCCAAAGAAGCGAAGAAAGGUGGUCGAUUACCAUGUGCCAAUACUGUCAUACAAAGGAGGGCCUACCCGCCCGUCGAAGUGUAUGAUACUGGUACCAUGGGUUUUGGACUGAGAGGUCGAGUAGCGAUCCACAAGGGCCAGAAGAUCGGCGAGUACCGGGGCGAAGUGGUGGAUCAAAACGAACUGCUCGAAAGACGCUGUAAACGCAAGGCGGAAGACCCCUUCUACAUCGCGGCGCUAGGCGACGGGCUGUCGAUCGACGCUGGUAAUAGAGGCGGCUACGCGCGCUUCGCGAACCACUCGUCUGCGGGCGGCGUCCCUUUGUGCCUUCGCGUCGACGGCGUCGCGUCCGAUGGCGUCGCGUCGGUAGCGUCGAUGGCGUCGCGCCGACGGCGUCGAGCGUGUCGUUCUCACGCAGGUGCGCCCCGAACUGCAAGCUCGAGAAGUGGCGCGUGGGCGAGGAGCCCCGAUUAGUCCUCGUGGCUCUACGGGACAUCCCGCCGCAGGAAGAACUAUGCUACGACUACAACGCGGGGGGCACGGAGGCCGACGCCACAGUGGGCCAGGAGUGCAAGUGCGGCGCGCCGAACUGCAUUGGAGUGAUUGGGAGCAAGAAGAACGUUGUGAAGAGUAAGGGCUACCAGUCCGGGAGUGAUGACGACGACGAGCCGGCCAAAGGUCGCGCGGCGCGCGCGAAGCGGCGCGCCGGAGAGGAGGACGAGCCCCCUCCUCCCAAAAAGAAUACGAGGGAGCCCGUCUGGACGCUGGAGGACGUCAUGGCCCUCGAGGAGGCCGUCGAAAGUGGCAUGGACUUUGAUUCCAUCGUAGAGGAGACGCUGCCCGGGAGGACGGCGGCCCAGCUCGAGCGCAAGUAUGAUGAGUUACGACAAGUAAAGCAGCGUAGAGAGCCCAAAGGUACACCGAAGAAGAAGAAGCAGAAGCUCCAGGAGGACGGUCCUGAAAGUUUGGCCUGGGCGGCGCGCACCCAUUUGGAAUUGAUCGGCACGGAGGGCGGCGCUCCUGAAUUAGCUGAAGCCUUGUAUGGCGCCGCGACGAGACACGAAGAAAGAUCAGGUAAGGGCGACCUGCACUGCUUCUGUCGGCUGCCGGAGUUUCCGGAGGUCCCCUGUGUGUCUACUGAUGGUGAUGCUGCAGAGUUGUUGUUUUGCGACGCCUGCGCGGGCUGGGUCCACCCGCGCUGCAUCCGACUCGAAACGAUGCCCGGCGACGACGACGACUACAUCUGUCCGCUCUGCGCGUACUCGAGGGGCGACGGCGUCCCUUUGGCCACAGUCGCGACGCGCAAUGGUAAGGUAUUGUGGAAGCGCGCGUUGGAUGAUACGACGACGCUAGAAACGUGCGAGAAAUGCUUAAACGAAUGGGAGGCGCUGGAGAUCGACGACGGGCUCGUCUACGCGGGCCUGGCCAAGAACUUCCUUGAGACGAUCGUCGGAGAGGCCAAGGCCUUCGCGGAGCGCGCGGCGCCGUUUUUGGUGAAGAAGGACGCGCUCUCGCCGGCGGAACUGCGGGGUCUCGCGGAGCUCGUCUGCGAAGGCCAGACGCUCGAGCUCGUCGAUGGUACUCUGCUGGACUCGCUGCGGGACGCGCUGCGCUGCGCGGCGCUGGCGGCGCGGGAGGUCAGUCCUGAGAACGCCUAAUUUAUAUUUCCGAUACUAUCGUGAGUUACGGUGCUAGGAGAGACGCAUUGUUGCUGGCGAUAAUCAAAUAAACCCGUUUUGCUAAUCAUAAAAAAAAAACGACGCCCGGGGCUCUGUCUUAGGUAGCGGCGCACGCGUGACGCCGGGGUCUCAUCGCUUCGCGCAAGGGCCGUCGGGCCACCGACUUGCUGUGACGCGAAAAAGAUCGGUUAAAAACACCUCUGUGCCGAGAUAUAAUUUUCGGCUCGGCUGAAAUCCGAAAAUUUACGCUUCCUAUCUCCGCGUGUUGACUCUCAAGCGUCUGUGACCGCUUAACUACUCCCGCUGCGUCACCAUGGCCAUGAAUAGCGCUAACGACUUGGAACUGCUCUCGCUUGUCGCAAAGAUGCCGCGCACGUCGCUCGAGGCGGUCGUCCUCGACAUGGUCGCGACCGGCCACCCGAUCAACGAGGGGGAAUUGGAAGUGGCCGCCACCGAGGACGAGGCCUGCUUGGGCGCGUGUGCGGUGGCGCCGGCGCCGCAGGUCCCGCAGGGCCUCGAGUAUGAAGCCGGCGUGCUCUCGGGCCUAGAAAGGGACACCGUCGAGCAGCUCGUGCUACGGGGCGUCGCGGGCGGCGACCCGCCGACGAAGGCGGACAUCCGGGCCUGCGAGAAGCGGCGCCUCUCGCGCGCCGACUCCAUGUCGGGCGACGAGUCCUGCUGCGAGAGCCUGCGGGCGCGGUGCUGCUGCUGA